ACCUGUAAGAGCCUCGGGCAAACGCACAAUGGGGAUAGUUAAUGAUUCAACCCUUGUGGGAUUUACAUAUCCAUCAUUUUGGUUACUUACACAGAUAUUUAAUCAGUAAUUUUUUAAGAGUAGCGCGCAACAGGACACCGGCGUUUCCAUUUACGCACGGAAAGCGCGCGCAUUUUAACGCGUUGGACUGCUGUUGUUUUUGACGAGGCUGACAAUGGGACACCCGAGCAACACAUCGCACCCGGUUAACUCAUCAGACCCGUACGGGCGCGACGAAGAGGUCGCCAAAAUCGAGAUCGCGGUCCUCAGCGUCACCUUCGCGGUCGCCGUGAUCGGGAACUGCAGCGUCCUGGUGGCCAUUCACAACACCAAGAAGAAAACCUCGCGAAUGCACCUGUUCAUCAAACACCUGAGCCUGGCCGAUCUCGUGGUCGCGUUUUUCCAGGUCCUUCCACAGCUCUGCUGGGAAAUAACCUUCCGUUUCUACGGGCCGGACUUUCUGUGCCGGAUCGUGAAGCACCUGCAGGUGAUGGGCAUGUUCGCGUCCACAUAUAUGAUGGUUAUGAUGACUCUAGAUCGAUACAUCGCCAUCUGCCACCCUCUGAAAACCCUCCAACAGUCCACCAGGAGGUCCCACAUCAUGAUCGGGGGCACGUGGAUCAGCAGCCUGGUCCUCAGCACCCCUCAGUACUUCAUCUUCUCCCUCAGUGAGAUCCAGAACGGCUCUGAGGUGCUCGACUGCUGGGGCCACUUCAUCCAGCCCUGGGGACCCCGCGCGUACAUCACCUGGAUCACAGCUGGGAUAUUCCUCAUCCCGGUCAUCAUACUAAUGACCUGCUACGGAUUCAUAUGCCACAGCAUCAGGAUGAACAUCAGAUAUAAGACCAAGAAGACUCCGACGGAUGGCGCGCACAAGAACGGGCUGAUCGGGAAGAACUCCGUGAGCAGCGUCACCACGAUCUCCAGAGCGAAGUUACGCACCGUCAAGAUGACCUUUGUCAUCGUGCUCGCGUAUAUCAUCUGCUGGGCGCCGUUUUUUACCGUGCAGAUGUGGUCGGUGUGGGACGAGAACUUCAGCUGGGCUGAUUCGGAGAACACGGCGGUCACUCUCUCUGCGCUGCUGGCCAGUCUGAACAGCUGCUGUAACCCGUGGAUCUACAUGGUCUUCAGCGGACACCUCCUGCACGACUUCACACACUGCUUCCCCUGCUCCCAUCAGAUCCGGCAGAGCUUCCGGAAAGAGGACUCGGACAGCAGCUUACGGAGAAACACACUGCUCACCAAAAUCACCAACCGCAGCCCCACGUGCAGCUCGGGAACCUGGAAAGAUCUCGAUCAAUCCCCUAAAUCUGACCGAUCGGCUCCGGCUCCGGCCGGCACGUGA